AGAACGGCCAUUUUGAGUUGACGUUGUGUUGAGAAAGUUUUACGUCGAAACAAAAGCGAAAGACGUGGUUUUCUCAGCAAAAUGUCGCGAGGAAUACACCCAGCGUUUCAGACCAAAACAGUCGUCAAACUAGAGUGCAAAUACUGCGAAAGAAGAAUUUGUGCUCGCGGAAUGCGAGCACUUUUGAUAGCCGACGCGAAAGUGGAGUUGUACUCGACCGACUUGCCUCCUGAAAAUUCCAUUCAGUUGAUAGGAACGGAUUACUCGACCCAAAACUGUGAAUGUCGAAUCAAAGAUGUCGCCUGUCUUGGAUGUGGAAAUGUCGUUGGUUAUCAUGUGACGCUUCCAUGCCAGUCGUGCAUUCGUUCUUGUAACAACGGCCACUUCUGGAUGUUUCACUCAAGCGCCGUUCAUCCGGUGGAAAGAUUAGAUCAAACAGGUAUACAACAUGAAAUUUAUCAGCAACUUCUUAAAUUUCUCUUGAAAGAUACAAAGUUAUCGAAAUGUUACUCGGAAAAGUGCGAAACUUGAGACACGUGGAAAACGUAACAGCUGCUGGUAAUAUCAAAAGGUGUCACAACUGGUUAAAUUUGUCACUUUGGCUUUUCAGCUUGUUCUCCAAAGUAUGGUUAGC